CUGACAUAGCACCCACUUCUCUCGGAGCUUCUUCGAUAUUCUAAAAGUUUUUAUUUUAAUGGACGUCAAAUGCAUAAUGCUGUGGCUUAAGAUUGCCUUUAUCUUACUUGGAUGCACCCAGGAUGUUAUUGGUCCGAUAACAAUCCCCGAUUGUCCCACAUUUGGCAGGUCCUUAGUGGACGCAACAGAACAAUGGUGUAAGGACACUACCCCGGUCACAUACACCGUGGCCAAGCAAAACUGUGAAAACAUUUGCUCAGUCCUACCAGCACCGACAAGUGCUACUGUAAAUUCAUACCACGAAUUUACCGAUGCCACUCAGCGUUGGGUAGGCAUAGAGAAUGAUGGCAGUGCCUGGUCUGGCAUGGAUCCUGGCUUUAACCGAUGGCCAGGUAAUGCAGAACCAGCCAGCAAUGGGCAGUGCCAAGCAGCUACCUUCACAUACUCCGCCUCGACAGUGUCAAUAACAUAUUCCGCUCAUAGCUGCGGGGCCAGCUUCAUAUACCAAUGUCAGCAAGCGGUUGCUCCUUGCGGUGCGUCACCAAACAUUGCCCAGGCAACAAAGGCGUACAGUCAGUGUAGUGCUACCUGCUGUUUUAUUGGUGGGCAUGUAAACUACACUUGUCCAUCAGGAUACCAGCUCUCGGGAUUUGGAGGCACUAUUAAUUGUAAUGCAGGUGGUAACUAUGACGUGGACGCCAGCAACGGAUCUUGUGAUGCACAACCUUGUAAUAACUAUACCCUGACAGCAUCUAACCACGCCACAGCCAAUGACACAAGCGGCAAUUACGUGUUUGGGUCUGUGGUACAGUUCACUUGUGAUAAUGGGUAUGGUCUACCGGGAGGAGGGACCACUAAAACACUGACAUGUGACAUUUCUGGGGCCGGGGUGGACUGGGAUACGACAGUUCCUACGUGUCAGAAAGUACCUUGUCCAGCAGCUGCUAACAUUUCCCAGUCAACCAACGACUUUACCGGGAACACAUCCGUAGGAAUCACUGUAAACUACACGUGCAAUUCAGGGUAUUCUAUGGCGGACGGCAAUAGCAGCAUGGUUAUAGAAUGCCAGAUUGGAGGAUCGUGGUCAGCAACUCCUGUCUGUUCUGCUAUUCCGUGCGAUGCCCCGCCCACCGUUGGUAAUUCCAACAAUGACUACUCCAGCAACUCCUCUGUUGGCGCCAUUGUGACGUACACGUGCGUGGCGGGUUACGAGAUGGCGGAUGGUAACAGUUCUACGUCCAGUCAGUGCAUGUUUGGACCAUAUUGGAGUACCCCGUCUUCAUGCCGAAUGAUCCCAUGUGGAGUUCCUGUCAAUGUGUCUAAUACUGUCAAUGAGUUCAAUGGCAACUCGUCUGUCGGUGCCGUGCUCACCUAUUCGUGCGCCCCUGGUUACGUUUUACCGGACGGCAACAAUUCUUACACUGUAGAAUGUCAGUUUGGGGGAAACUGGACAGCAACUCAGACGUGUCAAAUUGUCACCUGUCCAGAACUGAACUCGUCGUCUAUCAAUCUGGGGAGUGUGGACACAUACAACAACACCAACUUCAAUACCUCAGUGGGUCUGAGCUGUGAUGCGGGUUAUAUGUACCCUACAUACACGCUGACCGAGACAGUGACCUGCACAGAGAAUGGAACCUGGGAUAAGGAGUUCACAGAGUGCGUGCCUGUACAGUGUCGACCUGUUAAUGUAGCGAACACUGCCUCUGUCACCCUGUCCGACUAUUACAACGUUAGCAGUGUAGUGACCAUUACCUGCAAUGCCAAUCAUUUGAUCCCGGGAACAUCAAACACCGUUCUCACAGCAAACUGCCUUAACACGGCCAGUUGGGACCAAUCUAUACCAAGCAGCUGUACUUUCGUGCAGUGUCCCGCCCUAAGUGUUACUCAGGCAACAGCAUCAUCAGCAGUCAGAAACUAUGGCACCUCGGUCACUUUGACAUGCAACGGUGGAUGGCAGUUUAAUUCUCUCAGCAGCACCACUAUGACUGUCACAUGUCAGGCUGACGGUACAUGGUCACCAGCCGUACCAGCAAGCUGUGACCAAUUCACCUGUCCUGCUGUACAGAACGUGACGUUUGCCAGUUACAAUACCUCCUCUACAGCCUAUGACACUGUGGUUGGUUAUACAUGCGACAGUGGAUAUAUGUUUUCUGAUGGCACUGUUACAAGGUCUACCAGGUGUAAUGAACUUGGAGCAUGGACGGUCACGGGGAUUCCAGCCUGUGUAGCGGUGUCCUGCCCGCAGUUGACGCCAAUCGCAAAUGGAGUCAUCAACUCUACUGGUCUGACCUACCAGAGCGUGGCAACUUAUGUAUGUGAUAAAGGAUUUAUGAUGCCGGACGGUUCUAAGACAGGGAACCAGACCUGUGGAAUAUCUGCAACCUGGACACCUACAUUAAGUCCCAUUGGUUGUCAAGUCAUCAAUUGCACUGUGCCACCACCUGUUGGUGUGUUUGCAAACUACAGCGAGCCACUGGACGAUAACCAGACAUCAUGGAUGUACGACACCAAGAUCGAAUACAACUGCACCGACGGUUAUGUUUUCUCCACUGGCGAUACACAGCGGUUUAGUAGAUGCACAGCUCAAGGGGACUGGCUUCCCCCAGAUAUCGUUUGUGCAAGCCACCCCAUCAAGGUAGAAAAGCGCACCGCUCGCUACCCACCAAAGGAGGCCCCUGGCGCCGCUGUCACCGGAAGUGUUGGGGUGAUAUUUGUAGUUUCCGUGGUUGUGUCCGUAAUUGCUUCUGACAUAGGGACUUUUAAGCGCCAUACAUUGUGGGCUAAAGACAACAUACAAAGUCGAUCAGCAAAGGCUGAACCAGCUGGAAAAAGUGAUGCAUAAAAAUUUAAAGGUUAUCGGAUGCAGUAGGAAGGUAUUUAAUGGAGAGAUAAGCGAUGCAAACGAAACCGCCGCGUACUUUUUGUUUUAGAAGCGUUUCCAAAAAGGUGUACAAUUUGGGGACACAGCGCGGAAAGCGUGAAAAGGCUGGGUAUACGUCUGAUAUGAAAAGAAGGAAAUCUUGGACCUGCACGUUAAAGACUUGAGUAAUAAAACUUUUAAAUGAACGCACUUUGCAGUGUAAAGUAAUACAUGAGGUGCAUUCUGUGAAGAAAGUCCUCCGAAGUGAGGUCUUUUUUGUCAUUAAAUAACAAACAAUCGCAUGGAUAUAAAUGAUGAUGCUUGGGCCAUUUUUUUUUACUAAGAUAUCCUGCAAAUUUCUUCAAAGGAAAGAUUGGCUCACCUUUCAAGAAAUCAACACUUUCAAGGAAUCGACGAAAACUGGAAGUUUGUGUUUUUCGCUGUUUUCCCGUCAUGCUAAAUACGCAGACACUCUGCUUUGGCAAGUAUAAAAAAGAAGCACAUGAUGCAACAUAACAAACUCGGCAUUUGUAUGCUUGUUUACGAUGUUUUCAAUACAAAACGAUGCGUAAAGUACACUUUGCUCACACUGAUAAUACAAGGGCAGAUACAUAUUAUAUGUACACUUGUGAAUCUUAUGUUAAAAAAUAAAGUGAUUGUUUAAUUGAUACCAGUUUAAGGUCGAAAUUUUAUUAGUUACUUUUAAGUCAAGAGUUCAUUAU